AUGUCCACCCAGGCCCCGCACCCCGCCCUGCUCAUCCCAGGACCCAUCGAGUUCGAUGAUGCCGUCCUGCAGUCAAUGAGCCACUACUCCGAGUCCCACGUCGGUGCACCCUUCGUGAAGACCUUCGGCGAGGCUUUGACUAUGCUUCGACGCCUCUUCAUCACCGAGGACCCGGCCAGUCAGCCUUUCGUCAUUUCCGGCUCGGGCACUCUCGGAUGGGACUUUGUUGCCGCCAACUUGGCCGAGCGCGGCGAUGAUGUACUGGUCUUGCACACUGGAUACUUCGCCGAUAGCUUCGCCGACUGUUUCGAGACCUACGGCGUUCGCGCCACUCAGCUCAAGGCUCCCAUUGGAGACCGCCCACAGCUGGAUGCCGUUGAGAAGGCCCUCAGCGAGAAAAAGUACAAGUUGCUCACCGUCACCCACGUCGACACCUCCACCGGUGUCUUGUCCGAGAUCGAGGCCCUUUCCAAGUUGGUGCGCCGUGUCUCGCCCGAGACGCUGCUCGUCGUCGACGGAGUGUGCAGUGUCGGUUCCGAGGAGAUUCAGUUCGACAAGUGGAACAUUGACGUUGUCCUGACCGCGUCGCAAAAGGCCAUUGGCUGCCCAGCUGGCCUGUGUAUCCUGAUGGCCUCCGGACGUGCCAUCGAACGCUCCCGCUCUCGCUCUACCCCACCGGGCUCUUACUUCGCCAGCUUCAAGAACUGGCUGCCAAUCAUGCAAAACUACGAGGCUGGCAAGCCCUCCUACUUCGCCACUCCAAGCCCACAGCUUGUUCACGCCCUGCAUACCUCGCUCACACAAAUUCUGUCUGUCCCGCUCGCUGACCGUUUCGCCCGACACAAGGAGGUCAGCCAAAAGGUCAAGGCCGCAGUCACCAAGCUUGGUCUCCGCCAACUCGCCGACAAGCCGGAGAACCAGGCCAACGGUAUGACCGCCAUCUACCUCCCUGAGGGCUUCACGCCACCACAGGUCCUGCCAAGCCUGCUGAAGAAGGGCGUCGUCUUCGCCGGCGGCUUGCAUAAGGAAAUUGCUACCAAGUACAUCCGCUUCGGCCACAUGGGCGUGUCCGUCAUGGACCCAAAGCGUGAGGAGAUUGACCGCGCCAUCGUGUCGCUGGGAGAAGGGCUCGCUGAGGCUGGCUACAAAGCGUAG